CCGCCCUGCGCCCUCGCGCCCUCGCGCCCUGGCGCCGGGGGCGGGCUUGCUGCGCGUGCCGGGCGGGGAAACUGCGCGAGCCGGGCGCCUGAGAACGUUCCCCGCGGGGGCGGCUCCGGGGCCUGAGCGGGUGCCGCCGCCACCUCAGCCGCCGGGGCCGGGCGGGAGGACGCGGAGGAGGCUGCGGCCGCCCGAGACCUUCUCGACGUCCCCAGCUCCGGCCGGGAAGAUGAUUGAGGAAAGUGGGAACAAGCGGAAGACCAUGGCGGAGAAGAGGCAGCUGUUCAUAGAAAUGCGUGCUCAGAAUUUUGAUGUCAUACGACUAUCAACUUAUAGAACAGCUUGCAAAUUACGAUUUGUACAAAAACGAUGCAACCUCCAUCUUGUUGAUAUCUGGAACAUGAUUGAAGCCUUCCGAGACAAUGGCCUUAAUACACUGGACCAUACCACUGAGAUCAGUGUGUCCCGCCUCGAAACUGUCAUCUCCUCUGUCUACUACCAGCUGAACAAGCGCCUUCCUUCUACUCACCAAAUCAGCGUGGAGCAGUCCAUCAGCCUCCUCCUCAACUUUAUGAUUGCUGCAUAUGACAGUGAGGGCCGAGGCAAGCUGACCGUAUUUUCAGUUAAAGCUAUGUUAGCAACCAUGUGUGGUGGAAAAAUGCUGGACAAACUGAGAUAUGUUUUCUCCCAGAUGUCAGAUUCCAAUGGCUUAAUGAUAUUUAGCAAGUUUGACCAGUUUCUGAAGGAAGUUCUGAAGCUCCCAACAGCUGUCUUUGAAGGGCCAUCUUUUGGUUACACAGAGCACUCAGUCUGCACCUGUUUUCCACAGCAGAAAAAGAUAAUGCUAAAUAUGUUUUUAGACACAAUGAUGGCCGAUCCUCCUCCCCAGUGCCUUGUCUGGCUACCUCUCAUGCAUAGGCUCGCCCAUGUUGAGAAUGUCUUCCACCCGGUGGAGUGCUCCUACUGCCGCUGCGAGAGCAUGAUGGGCUUCCGGUACCGGUGCCAGCAGUGCCACAACUACCAGCUCUGCCAAAACUGCUUUUGGCGCGGCCAUGCCAGUGGCCCUCACAGCAACCAGCACCAGAUGAAGGAGCACUCGUCCUGGAAAUCCCCUGCAAAGAAGCUGAGCCAUGCAAUUAGUAAAUCUCUGGGGUGCGUACCCACCAGAGAACCCCCGCAUCCUGUUUUUCCUGAGCAACCAGAGAAACCACUUGACCUUGCAAAUAUAGUUCCACCUCGGCCGCUGGCUAAUAUGAAUGACACCAUGGUGAGCCACACGUCCUCCGGAGCACCCACUCCCACCAAGAGGUUACAGUAUAGCCAGGAUAUACGCAGUCACUUGGCCGAUGAGCAUGCGCUGAUAGCCUCCUAUGUGGCCCGUCUGCAACACUGUGCACGUGUCCUGGAUAGUCCAAGCCGACUGGAUGAGGAACACCGACUUAUAGCUCGCUAUGCUGCCCGGCUGGCUGCAGAAGCAGGAAACAUGACCCGUCCUCCCACUGACUUGAGCUUUAACUUUGAUGCCAACAAACAACAAAGACAGCUUAUUGCAGAACUAGAAAACAAAAACAGGGAGAUCCUGCAAGAGAUCCAGCGUCUCCGUCUGGAGCAUGAGCAGGCUUCCCAGCCCACCCCCGAGAAGGCGCAGCAGAACCCCACAUUGCUGGCAGAGCUGCGGCUGCUGAGGCAGAGGAAAGAUGAGCUGGAGCAGAGAAUGUCGGCACUGCAGGAGAGCAGGCGUGAGCUGAUGGUUCAGCUGGAAGGGCUGAUGAAGCUGCUGAAGGCUCAGGCCACAGGGUCACCACAUACAUCGCCCACUCACGGAGGUGGCCGCCCAAUGCCCAUGCCUGUCCGCUCCAUGUCCGCUGGCUCCACCCCCACCCACUGCCCACAGGACCCACUGAGCGGAGUCGGGGGAGACAUGCAGGAGGCAUUUGCGCAAGGUACGAGGAGAAACCUCCGCAAUGACCUGCUGGUGGCCGCUGACUCCAUCACCAACACCAUGUCAUCCCUGGUGAAGGAGCUCCACUCAGGUUAGCAGAGGAGCUGGGACAGAGGGAGCGCAGGGGACAUGCAGCAAGCUGGCGUUGACAUGAGGAAGGCGAGGCCCUCCCCCAGAGGCGCAUUCCAGUCCAUCUUUCCGCUGCACACCUGGACCAGGCUUGUGGGCUGCCAGACGUCACUACCUGGCAGGGAGAGGGGAGCCCGAGCCAGUGGGAAGUGGGAGGGGCCGCCCGCUGCCGCCGCCGGUGGGCCUCCCCCUUGCGCAGUCCUGCAUGAACUAGCAUCUUCAUCACUCCCCUCGGGCCACGGUCUCAUCUCUGCAACAGGAAUUUACCGGGAGGUUGAAAAGAGAAAAGAAACAGCAC